UCUGAUAAGAUUUCUGGUUAGAGUUGUGUGUGACAACUUGUAAAAUGGCAGAUAUCUAUGCAAAUGGUGAUUUUGUAAGGCUGAAAGAUAAUAAACAGCCAACCUCAGUUGACAAAGCAGACCAGUACGCUUAUGGAAACAGUGAUGACCUGGACUGGGAUCCAAAGACCAAAGACAUUGCAGAUGCAUCUGAACACACAUUCUCAUCUAGAAAAGAGAAAGACCCAUCCUGUAAGGCAGUUCUUCUGGCUGUCCUUAGUGUCUCUCUGCUGGUGGCUCUGCUGGCUCUGUGUGUACUGGGAAUUCUCUAUUCCCAACUACUGAGGUCAUCUGAUUUGUUAAAAGAGCAAAACAGAAAUGCUGCAGUCGACAUUGAAAUACAGGAGCAGAAUGCCACAGACAGCCCAUUUGAAAAGAGAAAGUACUACUAUUUCUCUUCCGAAAAACUGAGCUGGAUGGAAAGUCGAGAUUACUGUACGAAAACUGGAGGUCAGCUGGUCACAAUAACAGGCAAAGAUGAUCAGUAUAAUUUGGCCUCAAUAAAGCUGAAAGAGCCACAUUGGAUUGGACUACAUGAUUUGUACACUGAAGGACACUGGAUGUGGGUGGACAACACAACUCUCUCAGGAGAAACGUUCUGGCACAAAAGGACAGCUGGUCUAUCUGAACCUGAUAACUGGACACAGGAGGACUCAGAUGGAGAAGACUGUGCUUGUCUGGAAACUGAGAUUGAAUGGUUUGAUGCUUCAUGCUCAAAACUAAAAAAGUUUAUCUGGGAAAAGUAAAACUGAUAGCAUGGUACACUAUGCCAUUCAAAAGAUUAGGAUCAAUAAGAUUUAUUUUUAUGGACAUUAAUACUUUUAUUCAGGAAGUGACAGUAAAGGCUUUUAAAUUGUUACAAAUGACAAAUAAAUGUUUUUGUUUUGUACUUUCUAUUCAUCAAAGAAUCAUGAAAAAUGUAGCACAGUUUCCACAAAUAUAUGAAGUGGCACAACUGUUUCUCGAGCAGGAUAUUGGAAUGAUUUCUGAAGGAUCAUACGACAUUGAAGAGUGGAGUAGAAAUGCUGAAAAUUCAGCUUCCCAUCACAGAAAUAAGUUACAUUUUUAAAUAUAUUACAAUAGAAAAGUAAUUUUCUAUUGAAAAUAAUGUUUCACAAUAUCACUGACCUCUUUCAGAAACAUAAAAAAAAUCCUACCAAUGCCAGAGUCAUGGAUAAAUUUUCAGCUGAGUUUUACCAUAUCAGCACAUCUUUGAAGAAAAUUAACUUUCAAUUCUCGUUUCAACAUUCAGCAAAAAGUGCUUGUGUGCUGUGGCUUUAUUUCAGCGAUCACUUCUCUUUUAGUAGACAUGACAUAUCAUACAAAUAUCCCAAAACAUAAGAAUAUCUAAUUAAAGACAUCAAAUUUAUACUGAAAUAUACCUCUUUUAUUUUGAUUAAAACUUAACAUGAAGUUUUGAUUCAUUCAUGACUCCUACAGGACAACAAUGUGGAACAGUUUGUGAUGAUCUUUUUUGUAUACACUCUUAAAAGUAAAGGUGCUUCAUGAUUCCAUAGAAG